AUGACGACCUGUCGUCCUUUCGCUCUAUCCGUCUUCGCUAAGGUACAACUUAAACAAACCGCGGACAACUUUCAAACGAAAACAGCAAAUCUGGAAAAGCGAUGCUUGGAACUGACUCAGGAGUUGGCCAAUCAUCAGUCGCUGGUUAAUGCUGCUGAGGCCAAAUUAACCGAACAAGAAACGGACAGUAAACAGAAACUGGAAGAUUUUCAAAAAUACCGCCGCCAGACAAUGGAAGCAUUGGUUUCCGAUUCUCCCCGUCUCUGA